AUGGGUACGGCGCAGUGUCUUGAAUUGCGAGCGCUGCUGGAGAAUCCGGAGGAGGGUGCACCGUCUUUCCCCAACCUCGUCCUUCCCCACCACACCAUCCACCACAAAGAAGACGGUGGAGCAGGCCAGAUGACCGCUCUCGGAUGCGCUGGCUCGGAAACGCGUCGAGCAGGCCAGGGCUCCCGGCUACAACGGCAACAGUCCCAGCCCGUUGCCAGAAAACUGGCCUUCUGUGUCAUUCCCCGAUACCGCACUUCUCCUGAACUUUCCUCCAACCCUACCUCCUCCAACACUUCCUCCAAUCCUUCCUCCAACUUCACCCCCUCCAACCCCUCCUCCAGCACCUCAACACAACCAGACCUUGAACUCCAGCCUGAUCCCACCCUAGGCACAGGCUACACACCCUCGUGCGCCUCGGCAAUCUCCCCACCUCGGCAGACUGGUGUGCGGUUUGCGGAAGGGGUGUUCGGGAUUCCUGUUGGUCUCGAAUCAGAUUCGGAAGGUGUCGAGAAAGGACGGAAGGAGGUCGAAGGCGAGACCGAGGGAAAAGAACAGCAAAAGGAUGGAGAGGAAGAGGAAGACAAGGAGGAGGAAGGGGACUGGCACCCCCGAGCUCGAGCCCCGCAUGUCCUCGUGGAGAGUGUGAUUUUGCGGGAUCGGGUUAGGUGGGUUGGAGAGGAGCAUGAGUUGGACCCGGACACGGAGGGGGAUGGAGGAGAAGCGGUGGAAAGAGGAGAGGCAGAAACAAAGGACAGACCACGCGUCCGAGUCGAGCUUGUGAACCCGUUCGACCAGGCCACGGGCAGUGGGCGGAACGUCACUAUGGUCGUCGCGGGGGUUGCCCGAUUUUUCUGGGACGUCGGGCUGAGACAAAAACAGGACGCACCUAGCUAG